ACUUUUAUUUUGUGAGUGGGGUCGACGGAGCGGCAGUCUGUGCGGAAGUUGUUUGAUCCUGCAGGAGGAGGAGAAGAGGAGGAGAAGAGGAGAAAAGGAGGAGAAGAGGAGGCCGCUCCCGCGUCUCUUCUGUCCGCGUGAACGCACCGAUCCUCCGGAGAGGAACCGUCCGGAUCCCCGGGGACUCCCACUCUCCCGCCCCGACAGCAGCAGCCUCUCUCCGGCCUCCGGCACCACGGGCGAUGGCGAGGCCGAGCCACAGCGAUCAUGUCCUCCAGCAGCUCAACAACCAGCGUGAGUGGGGCUUCCUGUGCGACUGCCUCAUCGCCAUCGGUGACAUCUACUUCAGGGCACACAAAGCUGUGCUGGCAGCCUGCAGCUCCUACUUCAGGAUGAUGUUCAUCCGGGACCAGCAGGGGGCGGGGCGUCUGGACCUCAGCAACAUGCAGAUCAGCGCCGAGUGCUUCGACCUCAUCCUGCAGCUCAUGUACCUCGGCCGCAUCGUGGUGGGGAGCUACGAGUUUGAGGAGCUCAAGGCCUCCAUGGCGUACCUGCAGAUGUACUACAUCCCCGACUCACUGGAGGACCUCCGAGACAUCCGGAGCUCCAACCUCACCCCGUCCUCCUCCGCCUCCUCCUCGUCCAGCUCCUCCACCGGCCCCGCCACCGGAAAAAUGAUGUUUGGAGUCCGCAUGUACGAGCAGCAGCUUCCUGCUGUGCCUGAGGUGGAGCAUUUACCAAAAGCUGUGACCAGCAGCGCCGGGCGCCCCGCUGUGCCAGCCGCUGUCAGCAGAGCGGUGGCAGUGGAGGAGGUGGUGGCGGCGACGCCUCUGUUAGUGGCGGCGCCGGUGGUGGAUGGAGUCUUGGAUCAGCCGUGUGACUUGAGAAAGAGGCCCGGUGGCAGGAGCUCGGCACUAAAAGACCGCCCUCGUUUCGGCCGCACCUACACCUGCGACGACUGCGGCUUCGUCUUCAGCUGCGAGAAACUUUUAAUCGAGCACAUCUUGACAUGCACCAACAGGAAGGCGUUCCAUCAGCCAAGAGGACACGUUGAGGGAGACAACGACUCCAGCAAAGCCGAGAGCUCCACCUCCGAGAGCGUGGAGGAGCACAGGGUCGUCUGUAAGGGCGAGGAUGACUGGGCCGAGGCCAAGGCCGACUCUGACCUCACUAUCAGGUCGGUGGCUGCCGGCACAGACGGCGAGCCCGGCUCGACCCGGAGCCUCUCCAUCAAGACGGAACCAGAAGAAAGCAUAUUCCCCGAGAUCGAGGUAGUCCGCGUCGGCGAGCAUGCCACCAGAGACUGUAGAGCACGUUUCAGCGACGCCGCACGUAAAGACUCGCAGGUUGAGAAGACCGGAUCAGACCGCGAGCCGGAGCCAGGCGUCUCGGGUCUGGAUAACAGCAGCGAACCGUUCGAAGGCCACAUGUCGAGCAGCGAAGAUUCAGGAGUCCCUGCGAAGCUCCGUAAGGUGAAAGAGGAGAAGCAGGAUGCUGACUGCGCCCCGUGUGAACUGUGUGGCGCUCUACUGACGGAGGAGGACCGGUCUGCCCACUACCUGUCCAACCACAUGGGACACAUCUGCGCCUGUGGGAGGUGCGGCCAGGUGCUGAUCAAAGGUCGCCAGCUGCAGGAGCACGCCGAGCGCUGUGGUGAAUCCCAGGGCGGCGAGUCGGAGGAGGACGAGGCGUCCCUGCCGGAGGAGCCGCAAGGGAUGGAGGAGGGCUUGCUGGAGGCGGCCGACCUGGCGUGCCCGCACUGCGGCCUGCUGUUCCAGAACGAGAGCCUGGCGCUGGAGCACGCCCUGUCCUGUCACGACCAGGAGCUGUUCCGCCCGGCGCUGCUGGAGGAGGGCGGUGAGCCCGACCACCGCCGCAAACACUUCUGUAGCAUCUGCGGCAAAGGCUUCUACCAGCGCUGCCACCUGCGGGAGCACUACACAGUGCACACCAAGGAGAAGCAGUUCACCUGUCAGACCUGCGGGAAGCAGUUCCUGCGGGAGCGACAGCUGCGCCUGCACACCGACAUGCACAAAGGCAUGGCGCGCUACGUGUGUCCCGUCUGCGACCAGGGAACCUUCCUCAAACACGACCACGUGCGGCACAUGAUCUCCCACCUGUCGGCCGGUGAGACCAUCUGCCAGGUGUGCUUCCAGAUCUUCCCCGGCGGCGAGCAGCUGGAGAAACACAUGGAUGUCCACCUGUACAUUUGCGGCGUCUGCGGGGAGAAGUUCCGCCUCCGCAAAGACAUGAGGAGCCAUUACAACUCCAAACACACCAAGAGACUCUGAGCGUCCGCCACCAUUUCUGCCCGUUUGUUACUAAAGAAGCCAUAAAUGUGAGAACAAAUGUUGUCUGCACUUGAACACCAAAAAGACUUUGAACCUGCACUUUGAGAGAAUAUGCAUAACCUACAGAGCGCUCACACGGCGAGCGGUGGGGCGCCUGAUCGCUCGCUCUGUGUGUUAAUGACAGUCUGACAAUCAGGAUCAUUUUCUGAUGUUGAAACAAUCACGUUUAGAAACCGUCCUCCGCCGCCGGGCAGCUGACCACACGUUUGACAUUGUUCCUGUUUCUGCAGCAGCUCGAGGGUUAACAGCCCAAAAAUCACGAAGCUUCUAAAAACCCAAAGAAAUCAAACUGUAGGUUCUGACUGGAGGAUCUGUGAACAUGUAAUGUUCGGUCCUAUCAGCAGGCGGCGUUCACACGAGAACAAACCAAAGUGAAGUCUGCAGCUGGAGGGUUCGGGGUCGGUCACGUGACUUUCACCAGGGAGGAGACGUCUGUAAAUCAGCGGAUAGAUUUUUGUUAGCGUCAAAACUCCUGCGAAACGACUCCUCUCACGUCUCGAUUUCAGCCAUCCUGCUCGAUAAUGUUUGGAAAGUCUAAAAAGGAUUAAAUUCUUUAUGCCGCCAUUCAGGUCAGUGAAGCACGAAACCAGCACGACGUCGGUCGCUCUGCCGCCAGAAGUUUCCCACUCAGGCGCUGUAAGUUUCGAGUGCACACGCCUCCUGAACCCGUAGAUUUGAGUGUUUUAUACCUGAAAAAGAGUCGAGUCGACCGUUUUUUCAGGGCUGUGAGCUGUACAGAUUAUCGUAGUUAAUGAGACGAUAAUUGGAUGUGGAACCGAUCUGCAUUCACGAUAACAAUGAAAAUCUUUGUCAAUAUUUAGACACUAAACUUAGUAAGACUGUCUUAAAAAUUUUAAUCAAAACCGAAACUUUCAACAUCAAAUACAUCAAGUUCCCCAAAACUUUUUUAGAAACUCAAGUCAAAAUUCAACAUUGACUCUAAACGACAUCUGGUUCCUCCCACGCCGACACGGUCUUUGCACUUUUUAAUUCAUUUAUUGCCAUUGAAAUAAAACGGCGAUAAUAAUCUGCAAAAUGCCAAAUAUCGGCCCCAAUGAUCGUCCAGACCGAUAAUCUGUCGCUUUUUUCUGCUUCAUGCUCCAGUGAGCAGCUACGCCUACACGCUGUAUCCAGACCCUAUCCAGACCCUUUGAGAGCCGCUGGAUCCAACAGCCACAAACUGCAGACCUGAAACAUUCACACGGUGGUUUUUCAACAAUAAAAAGCAGAACAUUUGAGCUCGACAUCCAAUCACUGAAAAACACCAUUUUUACAGAAAUCUGCGGUUUUCUGUGGCGCUCCUCAGGCUGUGGGCGUCUUUCUGUGGGAUACUGGAUCAUCUUUAUCAGCUGUCAAGAGCUAAAACCUGCUUAAAUUUAGCACCAGAUCAACCCCAAAAUUUGCUGCAACAAUUUAUGACAAAUAACUGAAAUGAGAACCAUUAACGUCCUCGUACACUCUGAACUAUAAAGUUUGAAACUCAAAACACGCCUCAUCUUAUUCAUGAAACGUUAAUAAAUCUGUGCACAUAAAUCAUCUCAGCAUUAAAGCGUCUGGGAACC